UUGUUUUUUGUGUUCAGAUCAUCGCUUCUUACUUGUUUCCCACUCUCUCUCUCCUCUCUCUCCCAACUUAGCUUCAUCUCAAGCAACCAACCUGUCUCUUGUUGCAAACCACCCCAACACUUCAAUUCUACUUCGAAUUCUCUCUAAUUUGGUUAUACUACAAAUGAAUUCCAAUUCCAUGGCUGCUAAUCAGGGUUUCCUCUUCACACACAAUCAAAACCACAAUGUCUUCUUUACCCGGCCAAGACAAGGAAAUGAGGGUACAACAAUUACAACCCGCUUCUUCACUAGGAUCCAAGCCCAAACCCGGUCGCCAGACCUACCGCGAGUGCCUGAAAAACCACGCCGCCAACGUGGGCGGCAACGUCACCGACGGCUGCGGCGAGUUCAUGCCCAGCGGCGGCGACGGCACGCUCGAGGCCCUCCAGUGCGCCGCCUGCUCCUGCCACCGCAAUUUCCACCGCAAAGAGCCCUCCGUGCAGCCGGUGAAGAUGGCGUUCGAGGAGUCGUCGAGCGAGGAGCAGCUGAAUUUCAACGAGGUGGCGCCGCCGCCGCCGCAGUUCGUGGCGAGGAAGAGGUUCAGGACGAAGUUCACGGCGGAGCAGAAGGGGAGGAUGCUGGAGCUGGCGGAGAAGGUGGGGUGGAGGAUCCCGAGGGAGGAUGACGCCGAGGUGCAGAGAUUCUGUGCGGAGGUUGGGGUGAAGAGGCAGGUUUUCAAGGUCUGGAUGCAUAAUAACAAGACUGCUUCGUCUUCCUCCAAGAAACUUCCACACGAAUUCUAGAACCUUCUUUUUUGUUGAGUUUUAGUAGUAGUACUCGUUAAUUAGAUGAGCAUGUGAUGGGUUAGUAGAUUCAGAUUGUUAUGUUGAUAUAGGGAUUAUGCAUGCCUUCUUCCUUUCUCUCUA